UUGCAACAACCCUUCAACUCAGAGAAAACAUACGAGGAAGAGAGAAAUGGCAACAAUGGCGACCACCACCCACAUUGCAGGCUUGGGCUCUCCACUUUCCCUCGCCCGCCGAUCUUCGAAGCCAUCUCUCACCUCUGGAUUCAUAAGGACCCAGGUGGCCUCAAGAAACCCUCUGAAUCAGAAGAUAGCUUAUGGUGGGAGAUUCACUUGCUUUGAGAGGGACUGGCUCAGGACUGACCUAAAUGUAAUCGGGUUCGGGUUGAUCGGGUGGCUUGCGCCAUCAAGCAUUCCGGCGAUCAAUGGCAACAGCCUCACCGGGCUCUUCUUCCAGAGCAUUGGAGCCGAGCUGGCCCACUGGCCCACAGGCCCCGCACUCAAUUCUCAAUUCUGGUUGUGGAUGAUCACAUGGCACAUAGGGUUGUUCCUUUGCCUGACAUUUGGUCAGAUUGGGUUCAAAGGAAGGGCUGACGGUUACUUCUAGAAGAAUUAAUACCUUGUUAUGCAAUGACACUAUUCUCUUUAUAUACCACCUGUAUCUUCCAUCGUCUGUACCUAAUGUAAUGAUGCUUUUGAAAUUGUUCUAUUUUGUUGGGUUAUUGACGGAAA